AUGACGGUGGAGCUGAGCUCCUGGAGCCGGGUGCUGCUGCUCUCCGUGGGGCUGCUGACUGUCUCGGUCACCGCCCAGAACUGCAGUCACGUUUUGCAGGGCCCAAAUGGGACAAUACAGAGUCCAGGCUUUCCCUAUGGAUAUCCAAAUUAUGCAAACUGCACGUGGACAAUCACUGCUGAGGAGCAGAACAGGAUACAGCUUGUUUUCCAGUCCUUUGCAUUAGAGGAAGAUUUUGAUGUAUUAUCUAUCUACGAUGGACUGCCUCAGCAGGGGAAUCUGAGAACAAGGUUAACGGGUUUCCAGCUGCCUGCUCCCAUUGUGAGCACAGGGCUUGUGCUGUCCUUGUGGCUUGUGAGUGAUUACGCGGUCAGUGCUCAAGGCUUCCAGGCAAGCUAUGAAGUUCUACCAAGUCAUACGUGCGGAAAUCCAGGGAGGCUGCAGAAUGGGAUUCAGCAAGGGACAACGUUCAGCAUUGGGGACAAAGUGAGAUACAGCUGUAAUCCAGGCUUCUUCUUGGAAGGACAUGCCUUGCUCACGUGCCAGGCCAACUCGGAGAACAGUGCCUCCUGGGAUUUUCCUCUCCCCUUCUGCAGAGCUGAUGAUGCCUGCGGAGGGACUUUGCGGGGACAGAGCGGGAUUAUCUCAAGCCCUCAUUUUCCUUUGGAGUAUGGCAAUAAUGCAGACUGCACGUGGACUAUUCUUGCCGAGCCUGGAGACACUAUUGCUCUGGUUUUCAUGGAUUUUCAGCUGGAAGAUGGAUAUGAUGUUUUAGAAGUUGCUGGAACAGAGGGAUCUUCGCUCUGGUUUACUGGGAUGAAUUUGCCUCCCCCUGUUAUCAGUAGUAAAAAUUGGCUGCGGCUUCACUUCACAUCGGACGGCAACCACAGGCAGAAGGGGUUCAGCGCCCAGUAUCAAGUCAAAAAGCAAAUGGAACUGAAGUCCAGAGGGGUGAAGCUAAUGCCCAGCAAGGACAACAACCAGAAGACAUCAGUCUUAACUCAGGUUGGUGUGUCCCAGGGACAUAAUAUGUGUCCAGACCCUGGGAUUCCAGAGAGAGGCAAACGAAUAGGCAACGAUUUUAGGUUAGGCUCCAGCAUCCAGUUCACCUGUAACGAGGGCUACGAUUUGCAAGGGUCCAAAAGCAUCACCUGUAAGAGAGUGAGUGACAUAAUCGUGGCUUGGAGCGACCACAGGCCAGUGUGCAGAGCUCGGAUGUGUGACAUGUACCUUCGUGGUCCCAGUGGUGUGAUAACUUCUCCCAACUACCCUGUGCAGUACGAUAACAACGCCUACUGCGUGUGGGUCAUCACUGCACUCAAUCCAGCCAAGGUUAUCAAACUCACCUUUGAAGAAUUUGAACUAGAAAGAGGAUAUGACACUCUGACAGUGGGUGAUGGAGGACAAGUCGGAGAUCAGAAAACGGUGCUUUAUGUCUUGACAGGCACCACAGUGCCCGAUCUCAUCGUCAGCACACACCACCAGAUGUGGCUCCUCUUCCAGACAGACAGUGUCAGCAACUUGCUGGGAUUCAAAGCAACAUACGAAGAGAUCGACCAAGGGAGCUGCGGUGAUCCUGGGAUCCCAGCCUACGGCAGGAGAGAAGGAUCCACCUUUCGCCACGGGGACAGUUUGAAGUUUGAGUGCCAGCCUGCCUUUGAGUUGAAGGGACAGAAAACAAUUACCUGCCAAAAGAGUAGCCAGUGGUCUGCUCAGAAACCAGUUUGUGUUUUUUCCUGCUUUUUCAACUUCACCACCCCGUCUGGGAUUGUGCUGUCACCAAAUUACCCUGAAGAAUACGGAAGCAGCUUGCACUGUGUUUGGUUAAUUAUAGCUAAACCCGAGAGCCGCAUUCACUUGGCUUUCAAUGACUUUGAUGUGGAGCCCCAGUUUGAUUUCCUGGCUGUGAAGGAUGGUGGCACUGCCGAAUCCCCGGUGCUGGGCACCUUCUCAGGAAACCAGAUCCCCUCCUCUCUGACCAGCAGCGGUCACGUAGCCAGGCUGGAGUUCCAGACCGACCACUCCAUGGAGAAGAGAGGCUUCAACAUAACCUUCACCACAUUUAGGCACAACGAAUGCCCUGACCCUGGUGUGCCUGUGAAUGGGAAGCGAUUUGGUGACAGCCUCCAGCUUGGCAGCUCAGUGUCCUUCUUGUGUGACGAGGGCUUCAUUAGGACGCAUGGCUCAGAAACCAUCACCUGCAUCUUGAAGGAAGGAAAUGUGGUGUGGAACAACGCAGUGCUCAGAUGUGAAGCACCCUGCGGGGGCCACUUGACAUCACCCAGCGGAACCAUCCUCUCCCCGGGCUGGCCUGGCUUCUACAAGGACUCGUUGAGCUGCGCAUGGGUCAUAGAGGCCCAGCCGGGCUACCCCAUCAAGAUCACGUUUGACAGGUUUAAGACAGAGGUGAAUUACGACACCCUGGAAGUACGAGAUGGCCGGUCCUAUUCUUCCCCGUUGAUAGGUGUCUAUGAUGGGACUCAGGUGCCCCAGUUCCUCAUCAGCACCAGCAACUACCUCUACCUCCUCUUCACCACUGACAAAAGCCACUCUGACAUAGGCUUUCAGAUCCGAUAUGAAACUGUGAAGCUCCAGUCGGACCAUUGCUUGGAUCCCGGGAUCCCGGUCAACGGCCAGCGCCACGGCAAUGAUUUCUACGUGGGAGCGCUGGUGACGUUCAGCUGCGAUCCCGGCUACACCCUGAGUGACAGCGAAGCGCUGGAGUGUGAACCCAACUUCCAGUGGAGCCGGCCGCUGCCCAGCUGUGAGGCUCUAUGUGGAGGUUACAUUCGUGGUUCCAGUGGUACCAUCCUGUCCCCAGGCUUCCCUGAUUUUUAUCCUAAUAACUUGAACUGCACGUGGACAAUAGAAACAUCCCAUGGAAAAGGUGUGUUCUUCACUUUCCAUACCUUUCACUUGGAGAAUGGCCAUGACUACCUCCUGAUCACUGAAAACACCAGCUUUGCUCAGCCCCUGAAGCAGCUGACGGGUUCUCGGCUCCCAGCCCCACUUAGUGCAGGGCUCUUUGGAAACUUCUCUGCUCAGAUUCGCUUCAUCUCAGACUUCUCCAUGUCCUAUGAAGGUUUCAACAUCACCUUCUCCGAAUAUGAUUUGGAGCCCUGUGAUGAGCCGGAGGUCCCAGCCUACAGCAUCAGGAAGGGCCUGCAGUUCGGAGUGGGAGAUGUCCUCACCUUCUCCUGCUUCCCCGGGUACCGGCUGGAGGGCGCAUCCCGCAUCACCUGCCUCGGGGGGAGACGGCGUGUGUGGAGUUCGCCUCUGCCAAGGUGUGUUGCUGAAUGUGGUUCGUCUGUAACUGGAACCCAAGGUGUUCUGCUGUCCCCCAACUAUCCACUAAACUAUAACAACAACCAUGAGUGCAUCUACUCCAUCCAGACCCAGCCAGGAAAGGGGAUCCAGCUGAAAGCCAGGACUUUUGAACUGGAGGCAGGAGAUGUCCUCAAGGUCUACGAUGGCAGCAAUAGCUCUGCUCGCCUGCUGGGCUCCUUCAGCCGCUCCGAAAUGCUCAGCACCAGCAUCAACAGCACUUCCAGCAGCAUGUGGCUCGAGUUCAUCACCAACACUGAGAACACGAGUAAAGGCUUUGAGCUGCAGUUUUCCAGUUUUGAACUCAUUAAAUGUGAGGACCCUGGCAUCCCACAGUUCGGUUACAAGGUACAUGACGAGGGACAUUUUGCUGGCAGCUCAGUAUCCUUCAGCUGUGACCCUGGCUACACCCUGCGAGGCAGCAGGGUGCUGGUCUGCCUGACUGGGGAGCGGAGAGCUUGGGAUCAACCCCUGCCAACCUGUGUAGCUGAGUGUGGGGGAACUAUCAAAGGAGAGUUGUCAGGUCGGAUACUGUCUCCUGGCUACCCAACACCCUACGAUCACAAUCUGAAUUGUAUUUGGACAAUAGAGGCAGAAGCUGGUUGCACAAUAGGUCCAGCUAAAGCCAUCUUCAACAGAAAACUGAAGUAUAUUGGCAAGUAA